AUGGCCCUCUCAAAGUCUGAGGUCUGCGACGCCACUAUGGCCGGCACCGUGGCGCGGUUCAUCAACCACAGCUGCGGACCCAACUGUCGCUCUGGCACCAUUGAGCUUCAUGGCAGGCGGCGCGUCUGCAUCUUUGCCGCGCGAGACAUCGCGGCCGGGGAGGAGCUCUGCUACGACUACCAGCUGUCAGUGCCGGUGCUGGACGCGGGCGGCGCCGACCUGGAGACUGUGGCGCGCUGGGAGGGCGUGGAGCUCAUGCGCUGCCGCUGCGGCGCGCCCACCUGCCGCGGCGUCGUCUGA